GCACUGCCCACCGCCGGCGCCCCCUCCACCGGCCGGCCCGCGGCGGCUGAGGUGCAGGGCAUUACUCUUCCAUGGAAAGUGUUAGGCUGCUGCCUACAGACUAAGACCGGAUGAUGCCGUGAAUGAGGCACUUCCUUCAGCUUCCUUACAGCUGGUGACUUACACUGCUCAGGCAGGGAAAAUGCCAGUCUGUACCCAAGCGUGGAUGCUUCACUGCCAAGAUAAAAUGAGGACAGUGGCUGGCCAUGGCAAUACUUGAUUUUAGAGAAGAAAGAAAGGCGCCGCAUGAUUUGUGCGCAGCAUUCUCCGAGCACUAACCUCCCCUCACAUAGCUGCUGUUACAUUGCAUUCUUGUUGAUUUGAGGAACGUCUGCAAACAACUUUUCUCUGUUGGUCUGUGCAGUCAUGGUACGACACUGACAGAACAUCAUGCAUGCUAAUCUAAAUGCUUAUUAAGCCUCCUAGCAAGUGAUUUUUCAACUAGAGUACUUGUAUACAAUUCAGGAGAUGAAAAAUACAACUUUGUUAUGCUAUCCUUUUAAGGCUGUGCAAUGGCAAAACAAUUUGUCAUUCCAGUUCUGGCUAGGAAGAAGAGUAGACUGGAGCUGAAGCAUGCUGACCUUCAAGACUUCUGCGAGACCUUCACGUUUCUGCAGUUCACUAUCUUGACUGAAAAAACUACUGCUAAAACUCAUUGCUGGUGUGUUUAAAAGCUGAGAACAGCAAAGGCCUGUAGCCAGGCAUUCAUAUCAGCCCAGACCAGUAUUUUCUGCAAAUUACACCUUUCUUCUCUCCUUGUCCCGACAGAUUGUAUCACACACUUCCCAUACGUGUUCUUAAUAUUGCGUGUUACCUCUUCUAAUAUUACUCCUGUGUGUAACUCUGCAAGCAUGCCGGGUGAACGCGUCCGCCUGUUUACAGGAAGUAAGGAAAGGUACCUUGCUUGCAGCAGCAAUAGAGAAUAUUCUAAGCACACCGCACUGUAAUCUGCCUGGCCUAUUGCUGCCACCCGAGUUGUAACUGCAUGGAACACGGAGCUGUCAGCCAUGCUGAGACCUAGAGCAGAAAUGUGUAUGAUCGCCUCAAGUCACUUCCUGUUCUUUCUGAUGCUUGAGGAGUUGCACGUUUACUAAGGGGCACGGGUACCUUAAAAAUAUUCCAGACGAACAGAAGUCCUGCGCCCAAACGUGACUUAGGUUUUUAUUUUAAAAGUUUCUUACUUGAGUCAGUCGGCUUCCUCCAACACCAGUGCCUAGGAGCAGAAAUCGCGGGGAAGAUGAAAAGGACUUAGCUGCAUUUUAGGACUGACCCUGAUGGCCUGGAUUUUGUCUUGGCAGGAGCAUUUGAAGAUUCACGCUGAGAAAGACAAAACAGCCAAUGGCUUCAGAAUCCUUGGUCUCCGAGCAGGGAAAGCAACAUCUGAUGAAGGGAAGAAGGCGGCCACAGCAGCAGCAAACGAGAUCUUCCAACGGUGACGGUGAAGAUGACAUCUUCAUCUUUGAGGCGAAUGAGGCUUGGAAGGAUUUUCACAGCUCUCUUCUUCACUUCUUUGAAGCUGGAGAGCUCUGCGACGUGACGCUGAAGGUUGGUACAAAGCUCAUCUCCUGCCACAAACUGGUGCUAGCGUGCGUUAUACCUUACUUCAGAGCCAUGUUUCUUUCAGAGAUGGCUGAAGCCAAGCAGACUUUGAUUGAAAUCAGGGACUUUGAUGGUGACGCAGUAGAAGACCUCGUGAAGUUUGUGUACUCCUCCCGGCUUACGCUGACUGUAGACAAUGUCCAGCCGCUCCUGUAUGCUGCCUGCAUUCUUCAGGUGGAACUGGUGGCAAAGGCUUGCUGCGAGUACAUGAAGCUGCACUUUCAUCCCUCCAACUGCCUGGCAGUCAGGGCGUUCGCAGAGAGUCACAACCGCAUCGACUUGAUGGACAUGGCCGAUCAGUACGCCUGCGAACACUUCACUGAGGUGGUGGAAUGUGAAGACUUUGUGAGAAUCUCACCUCAGCACCUGCAUAAACUCUUGUCCUCCAAUGAUCUGAACAUUGAAAAUGAAAAGCAAGUUUACAGUGCUGCUAUCAAGUGGCUGCUAGCCAAUCCCCAGCAUCACGCUAUGUGGCUGGAUGAAAUACUUGCACAGGUACGACUGCCUCUCUUGCCCAUUUGUUUCCUUAUGGGUGUUGUGGCAAAGGAAGAGAUUGUCAAGCAGAAUCUAAAAUGUAGGGAUUUGCUGGAUGAAGCAAGAAACUACCACCUUCACCUGAGCAGCAGGGCAGUGCCAGACUUUGAAUACUCCAUUCGCACAACACCAAGGAAGCAGACUGCUGCUCUCUGGAAACCUGUUACGUCUCCUUCAGGUGUGCUGUUCUGCGUCGGUGGUCGAGGAGGAUCAGGCGACCCAUUUCGCAGCAUUGAAUGUUACUCUAUAAAUAAGAACAACUGGUUCUUCGGCCCUGAAAUGAACAGCAGGAGAAGACACGUGGGUGUCAUCUCCGUGGGAGGUAAAGUCUAUGCAGUAGGUGGACAUGAUGGAAAUGAACACUUAGGAAGCAUGGAAGUGUUUGAUCCUCUCACAAACAAGUGGAUGAUGAAGGCAUCGAUGAACACAAAGAGGAGAGGAAUCGCUCUUGCCUCCCUUGGCGGCCCCAUUUACGCAAUAGGCGGCUUAGAUGACAACACGUGCUUCAGCGAUGUGGAAAGAUAUGACAUUGAGUCUGAUCGAUGGAGUGCGAUAGCUCCCAUGAACACUCCCAGGGGAGGAGUUGGCUCCGUAGCCCUCAUGAACCACGUUUACGCUGUGGGUGGCAACGAUGGUGUAGCAUCUCUUUCCAGUGUGGAGAAAUACGAUCCCCAUUUGGAUAAGUGGAUAGAAGUGAAAGAGAUGGGCCAGCGGAGAGCUGGCAACGGUGUCAGCGAGCUCCACGGUUGCUUGUACGUUGUUGGUGGCUUUGAUGACAACUCUCCACUGAGCUCUGUGGAACGCUUUGACCCACGCAGCAACAAGUGGGAAUAUGUCGCAGAGCUUACAACUCCAAGGGGUGGAGUCGGCAUAGCAACACUGAUGGGGAGAAUUUUUGCCGUGGGAGGUCACAACGGCAACGCAUACCUGAAUACAGUGGAAGCAUUUGAUCCCAUAGUGAACAGGUGGGAGCUCGUCGGCUCUGUGUCGCACUGCAGGGCUGGGGCAGGCGUGGCUGUGUGCUCCUGCCUCAGUAGCCAGAUCCGUGACGUGGGCCAAGGAUCCAGCAACGUUGUUGAUUGCAUGUGAGCUCUGCUGCCUCCUCCAAACUCCAGAGGAGUCAUUGUACAGAGGCACUACAGAGCUUUUAAAUUUGGUGUUUUGUGUGGUAGGUUAAGAAAUAAACACUAUACAUUUUCUCUGUGAAAAUGUUACCUUCUGUGACUUUCAGGCUUUGGGUGGCUUUCUGACAACAGCUAUACAGAAAAGCCUGUGAAAACACAGAAUAACAGUAUGACUUACAGGAGAAAACCUGCCAAGAGCUGUAAUCAUCCCGUCUGUGAGAAGCUGCAAUUUCAGUCACUGGAGGCAGCUGCUGCAGCGACUCAUUAUUGAACUGUAAACCAGGCAUGGGAGGGUGAGGAAGAGAGAGCAGCAGGCAGUGCUGCCAAGCCUUACCCGACAGCCCUGCUGCAUGUUUCUGAAGGACCAGAGUGCUGUUUAUUAAUGUAACUUAUUUUCAGGAUUCAAGUCUUAAGCAUUUCCUAAUUGUAGAAGAGCUCUGAAACACAAAGCCUUCCAAGUUUUAGAAGGUAACAACAUCCGUGUUUCUCAUGAAGCUAACUGGAGUACAGAAGUUAACUGCACACCUCCCAAGGGACUGUUGGCUGCGGUGGGAACUGCAGGUAUUCUUUCUCAGGCCCACACACUUGCUAGAAAGCUGAAAUUUAGCCUCUGCCUGAAUUGAGCCACUGUACUACUCAAAUUAUUUUAUCCUCAAUAAAAUCUGUAGUAGUGACGCCCUCCAAAAGACAAAUUUCUAUGGAGAGAUCAUUCCAAAAGUAACCAAUGUAAUUUGGCCUUCUUGAGAUGUGUGCCAGAACGUAGGCUUCAGUGGUCUCAGAAUUACCCUUUUCAGACUAAAGGGAAACAUAAUGAAGUUGCAGUGUUUGGUUAAGACCUUUAAAUGCAGCUCUAGGAAAUGACACGUCCAAUUUCAGUACCCAGUAACAACUCUGUGGCAAUAGUAGGGGUGCUGGCUCUUUUAAGAUCAUUCAGCUAGAAAGAUCUCUUCUCAAAGCAGUUUCAUGGCUUAAAGCUUAAAUAAACCAAAGAGAACCAGCAGCAAGAACAAGUGGAAAUAAGCAGUACUUACCUUAAAGACG